GAUUUUGCAGCUCAGGUAACACUGGUAUAUAUUCGCACGACCAAUUCGGAAGCGUUUUGCUCUAAAGAUAAUUGUUGACAAUAACCAAUGUUCCAUGAACCAAAUGUAAAAUGAUCGGCGCGAUACUGGACAUAUUCUGGAUUCCCAUUGGGGGCUUCCUCUCAUUUUUGAUAUUUAUUUCCGUCAUAAAUAAGUCCAUCGGCGUCCGAAAGGCGUACGUGAGCCUGCUCCUAAGGAUAUUCGAGUAUGGCCGAGUCAGUAUAGAGACAGCAUCCAAAGAGAACCACUUUUCCUCUCACAAUCCCAAGACUGAUGACAAACAGGGAGUGCAACUGGUUGACGAUACUGAGUCCAAAGAAGGCACCAAUGGGGCCACUUUGAUCACCAGAGAUGCAGUACUCUUGCCCCAAGCGCAGGAGCCCGCGCCUGAGAAACCAGUUUCCUCCACGAAGGAUGAGAUCAAUUUCGAUUUUGAGAAGUGUUUGGACUACGUUAAGUCAGGCGUAGAGGCCAUAAUCGAAGACGAUGUGACAUCGCGUUUUGAGGCGGAGGAGCUCAAGAGCUGGAAUAUGCUCACUCGCACCAAUCGCCACUACGAAUUCAUUUCCUGGAAAAUAACUGCCAUAUGGGUGUUUGGCUUCUUCAUUCGAUACGUAAUCCUGAUGCCGCUGCGAGUGCUGGUCUGCUUCGUUGGUGUUUUAUUUGCAGUUUUAUCAAACUUUAUUGUGGCUUGUUUACCGUUUCAAUUUUUACGGCUUUUCUUAGCGAGCUUGUGUUUCAAAGUUACGUUUCGCCUUAUUGCAAGUUCUAUGUCUUCCUUUAUCAAGUUCCACAAUAAACAGUAUAAGCCCACAGUUUCUGGGUUUUGUGUAGCCAACCAUACCUCUCCCUUGGAUGUGGCAAUAUUAUCGACCGAUUGUACCUAUUCUUUGGUAGUGUGGUUAACAGUUUGUACGGCGGCAGUGGGAUACUUGAAGGACGGGCCCUACAAACGCAGACUUGUGAACAUGGUGCUCGGGAUGUGCUUUGGCGUUUUGUCCAGCGCUAUCUCGGCGGUUAUAACUUACCACAACGAGGACAAUCGGCCGUCGUCUGGCAUUUGUGUUGCCAAUCAUACCAGCCCCAUCGACGUGCUGGUCUUGAUGUGCGACUCGACCUAUUCUCUGAUUGGCCAACGCCAUGGAGGCUUCCUGGGAGUUUUGCAAAGAGCUCUGGCCCGAGCAUCUCCCCAUAUUUGGUUUGAACGCAGCGAGGCCAAGGAUCGGCAUUUGGUGGCCGAGCGACUCAAGCAACACGUUUCCGACCCAAACAACCCACCGAUUCUCAUAUUCCCGGAGGGAACCUGCAUCAACAAUACAUCGGUUAUGCAGUUCAAGAAGGGAAGUUUCGAAGUUGGAGGUGUGAUCUACCCGGUGGCCAUAAAGUACGACCCGAGAUUUGGCGACGCCUUUUGGAACAGCGCAAAGUACUCGAUGAUGCAGUAUCUGUACAUGAUGAUGACCUCGUGGGCCAUUGUCUGCGACGUAUGGUAUCUGCCGCCGAUGUACAGGCAGGAAGGCGAGUCAGCGAUCGUCUUUGCGAACCGCGUAAAGAGCGUCAUCGCCAAGCAGGGAGGCUUGAUUGAUCUGGUCUGGGAUGGGCAGCUGAAGCGAAUGAAGCCAAAGAAGGAAUGGAGGGAGAUCCAGCAAGUCGAGUUUGCCAAUCGACUGAAGUCGGACUCAACCUAAAUUAUCAUAUUUCUACAGUGACUCUAAACUACAUACAUUAUUUUGCAUAAUUUGUAUUGGAGCAACUGUAAUUUGUAUAAAUUACGAUUAACUAUUGGAUGGUUUAAUAAAUGAUGAAGUCAAAUGUACAAUUAUAAUAAUUAUUUGUAUAUGAAUUAGCUUAUCUAUUUUAUAAAAAAUAAAUGAUAUCUGAUAAACGUGA